CGCGACUCCAGCUUUGCAAUACCAGGCCGAUUGACUCUGCCUUGCACUUGGACUUUGCCCACCGGUUCCCUCUCUUUCACCUUUUCACCUCUCUCAUUUACUUUAAUCACAUAACCAUCCAAAAUGUUGGAGGCACGGUUGGAACAGGCUAGCAUCCUGAAAAAGGUUGUUGAUGCCAUCAAGGACCUCGUCCAAGACUGCAACUUUGACUGCAAUGACUCCGGCAUCGCGCUGCAGGCCAUGGACAACUCGCACGUCGCCCUCGUGUCGAUGAUGCUCAAGGCUGAGGGCUUCUCGCCGUACCGAUGCGACCGCAACAUUGCCCUUGGCGUCAACCUGACGUCUCUCACAAAGGUGCUACGAGCUGCCCAGGGCGAUGACAUCUUGACGAUCAAGGCAGAGGACGCCCCGGAUGUUAUGAACCUGCUGUUUGAGAGCAGCGGGGAGGACCGCAUCAGCGAGUACGACCUCAAGCUCAUGGAUAUUGACCAGGAGCACCUGGGCAUUCCCGAGACCGAGUAUGCGGCCACCAUUACGAUGCCUUCGGCCGAGUUCCGGAGAAUCUGCACAGAUCUGGCAGCCAUGUCAGAGUCAGUUGGCAUCGAGGCCUCCAAGGACGGUGUCAAGUUCUCCUGCAACGGUGACAUUGGUAAUGGCUCCGUCACUCUGAGGAGCCACACCUCUAUUGAAAAGCCCGAGAACAAUGUCGACAUUGAGUUGACAGAGCCUGUGUCCCUGACCUUUUCCCUCAAGUACCUGGUCAACUUCUGCAAGGCUGCUGCCUUGUCCACCCAGGUCAAGAUCUGCCUCUCCAGCGAGGUGCCGCUCUUGGUUGAGUACAACCUCUCUGGCAGCAGCUACCUGCGCUUCUACCUUGCACCAAAGAUUGGUGAUGAUGAGUAAAUAAUUACACCUACACUCCCGAUUCAGACAACCCAGCACACAACCUCCGCAUACACCAGACCGGGCCAUGGGCAGGAACCGACAUAGCCCUUCAAUCGCGGCUGUUCGACUAUCCGACGAUGAAACAGAGGAGAGAAAUGGAUAUCGAGAAUAUUGUCGCAGGCCUUUUUCUUUAUUUUUCUAAUCAUGAUCUGUAGCAAAAGAAAAAAUGAAACGAGCACAUGUUUAGCUUUA